CCUCCUUUCCAUCUCCAAGUCAUCCUGGUUGCUCGGAGCCUACUAAGCCUCCACCUGCUUCAUCUCCACAACCACCAGUAGUUCAGAGACUCCAGCGAAACCUGCAGUCUUCAUGAUUAAGCACUUAACAAGAUGAGCUCUGCGCAGCCUCCACAUUAUCCUGGGAAGUUUACCAUCGCUCUGUUCGGAAAAAGUGCUGACUCAGUGAACAGGACUGGAAGUACAAUCAUCAGAGGUCCCAAUGCUUCUGUCACAAAACUGGGCAAUUUUGUUGAGCAUAACAACAACCUCUACAGAAUCAUCAGUACUUGUGAUUUCUUUGAUGAGCAAUAUGAUUUCCCAGAUCAGCUGAUCAUUGAUUUCAUGGCUCUUUCUGAUCCUGGACCUCGUCUGUUCAUAUUGGUAAUAGAUUCAAAAAACACACAAGUGGAAAAAGUUGUGACUCAAAUCUCUCGCCUUCAACGUGUGUUUGGAGAAAAUGUCACAGAAAACAUAGUCAUUGUGUUGGAAGAGAGUCGAGAGAAUUUACAAGGUCGCAUUAAGGAAAUGUACAAUAUCCAGAUGGCAACUAUGAAUGAAAAUCUUGCUUUCCAAUGUAAGGAGUGGUGUUCACACCAACGGCCAUUUCAGUUUGACUACAAAAACUACCCCAAACACACUGUGAAACGAAGGAAAGAUCACCUGAUACGCACUAGGAGAAAGUGUGAUUAUACAGGUGAGACUUAUCAGAGCAACCCUGGCAGGUCUGCUUCUACGGAGACAGGAAUGCAAACCAAAGUGAAACACAGACACUCGUGGCAUGCUCAGCAAUCUCCUCGGAGUACAGGUGCCAGCUCACAGCAGAUUUCCCUGCCUGCAAAAAGAGCACCCGGACAACAUGAUGGUGUCUGUGGUUCAAGGGAAGGUCUCUAUAAUAUGGUUCUUCUCGGGAAAAGCGGAACUGGAAAGAGUGCAUCUGCAAACACCAUCCUGACUGCUGGUGGUUCAAACCAACAUUUUCAGUCUUAUCCCAGCUCCACACCAGUCACCACCAGGUGUGAGGUGAAAACAGUGGAGAUAUUUGGGAUACCAGUUAGAGUAGUUGACACCCCAGACUUUUUUUAUGAAGAGGAACAUGUAAACCAGGCACAGGUAGAAGAGUGUAAGAGGUACUGUCAGGAAGGGCAUUGUGUGACGUUACUUGUGAUGCAGCUGGGCAGGUUCACAGAUGGCGAGAGAAACAUAUUAGAGAAUCUAGAGAAAAGCCUUGGCUGGAGAAUCAGGGACAGCACAAUCAUCCUGUUUACACACGGAGAAGAUUUGAAGGGCAGUGUAGAUAAAUUUAUCGGUGAAAGAAGUUACCUGAAGCGCCUUGUGGAGGCUUGCAGUAAUCGUUACCAUGUAUUCAGGAACAGCUCCAAAGACUCAAAACAAUUCAAAGCACUCGUCAAGAAAUUUCCAGAUAUGUUUCCAAAUUUCCCAACAAUAAGAACAUCUACGGUGUCUUGUUUACGUUAGCCGUAGCUGCUUUACACUGCAAGUCCAAAAAACAAAGUCUUUUAU